CCUGGAGGGGGCGCGGCCUGGUGUCCGGCUCGGAGGCGCUUGCGGGCUCCCUACCCCUUCUCUCCUGUGGGUCUCCUCCGUUGCCCCCACGCCCGGUCCCGGCCCAGCGCGGGCAUCCGUCACCGCGCCUCGGGCCGGACGAUGCCCAAGAAGCUGCUGCUGCUGCCCCCCCUAUCCGCGUGCUCGGCCCUCCGCGUCCCGCGAGCCCGCCCCGCCGCCCCUCCGGCCAUGAACGCCGCUCGCACCGGCUACCGAGUCUUCUCAGCCAACUCCACGGCCGCCUGCACGGAGCUGGCCAAGCGCAUCACCGAGCGUCUUGGUGCUGAAUUGGGGAAAUCUGUUGUAUACCAGGAGACCAAUGGAGAAACAAGAGUUGAAAUCAAAGAGUCUGUUCGAGGCCAAGAUAUUUUCAUCAUACAGACAAUACCCAGGGAUGUGAACACAGCGGUGAUGGAGUUGCUGAUUAUGGCUUAUGCACUGAAGACUGCCUGUGCCAGGAACAUCAUUGGAGUCAUCCCCUACUUCCCCUAUAGCAAGCAAAGCAAGAUGAGGAAGAGAGGUUCCAUCGUGUGCAAGCUUCUGGCAUCCAUGCUGGCAAAAGCAGGUUUAACUCACAUUAUCACUAUGGACCUUCACCAAAAGGAAAUUCAAGGCUUUUUCAGCUUUCCGGUGGACAACCUUAGAGCCUCACCUUUCCUGCUUCAGUAUAUCCAGGAAGAAAUUCCAAAUUACAGAAAUGCAGUCAUUGUAGCUAAGUCUCCUGAUGCUGCAAAGAGGGCCCAGUCCUAUGCUGAGAGACUGCGUCUGGGGCUGGCUGUAAUCCACGGAGAAGCUCAGUGCACAGAGCUGGACAUGGAUGAUGGUCGUCAUUCUCCCCCGAUGGUCAAGAACGCCACUGUGCACCCAGGCCUGGAGUUACCCUUGAUGAUGGCCAAAGAGAAGCCUCCAAUAACGGUGGUUGGAGACGUCGGGGGACGCAUUGCGAUCAUAGUGGAUGACAUUAUUGACGACGUGGAGAGUUUUGUUGCUGCUGCAGAGAUCCUGAAAGAGAGAGGCGCUUACAAGAUCUAUGUCAUGGCCACACAUGGCAUCCUGUCUGCUGAAGCCCCCCGCCUGAUUGAGGAGUCCUCCAUUGAUGAGGUGGUGGUAACAAAUACUGUCCCUCAUGAGGUCCAGAAACUACAGUGUCCCAAGAUAAAGACUGUGGAUAUCAGCUUGAUUCUUUCUGAAGCAAUUCGGAGAAUCCACAAUGGCGAGUCCAUGGCUUACCUUUUCCGGAACAUCACGGUGGACGACUAGCUCUCAGUUGCUUUGACCCUGGAAUUCCAGAGGAAGCUGUACAGAACAGUGCCAUCAUAUGUACAGUGUGUCCUUGCGGGGGAGACUGGAAAUGGGCUGCAGUGAGGAGGAGGCAUUAAGAUUAGCAAGAAGACAGGGCUGGUGGAUAGACGGCAUGGCUUUGAAUGCCCACCUUUGUCAGCCCUGUUCCCUUAUGGGAAGUCCAGACACUACUGCACAGAUACUGAAAAUCUUACAGUGUGGAAGAACUGAAAGACAGAAAGGCUCGGUGCUAAUGUUAAUCAGUUGUUUCUGCUCUGGGGAAGGCAGGUGGUUUUGAACCUGGGGAGCUGAGUGGCCCUGGCACUGUUUCACCCAGCUGUCCUCUCCCUGGCCAAGUUCCCAUAAGUCUUUUAUAGAGAAUCCUAUUUUCUUUCAGAAACUGCUCUGUCUACGACCAUUGAACAGCCAAGUCAACGUGUCACUGCUCCUGAGCUUGUCAGACUAGAGAUUAGCAUCCUGUCCUGAGCAACUGCAUUGCUCUGCGGUUCCAAAUAAAUAGUUUCUUGUGUC